UUAAGGCACCCCACUAGUAAAGUUGCAUUUCAAUACACGUUUUUAGGCAUAUUUUGGAGCACACUUACACAUGCACCACACUUUACAGAUACAAGUAAAUCAUUUUGAGUUUUGAGUUUUCAUCAAUCUGAGGGAUCUCGCCCAUGGAUUUGCUGCAAUUGUACAAGAAAAUAUGAGUGCAAGUGCCACCGCAAAAAAUUCAUCAAGAACAAAACAUGUAGAAAGGUAGACACAUCUUGAGUAAGCAGCUUGAUUGAGAAGAAUGUAUUUUUACAUUAUGUUCAUUUAUUUCGUCUCUACCAUCUUUGUAAUUUGUUAGAUGUCACCUUCGACAGAUUUAAUUGUACUAGGAACAACGCUAAUUAAUAAAAAAAACAUAAUAAAUACUUGUACUUCUACUUUAUGUUCAUUUAUUUCUCUACCACCUUUGAAUUAGUUAUGUCACAUUAGACAUAAAUGUGUUGCACUAGACGCAACUCUAUUUAGUACAAAAAUAAAGACAGCACCUAAGUCAUAAGCUGAGCUUAUUUGUUCUAGAAUUUAAAAAUUAUGUGGCAUGAUGCCUGCUAUCCUCAUUUAUUUUCCAUUUCGAUUUCUAUACAACUAGUUGUUAGUUCCAGUGCUGCUCAUUUUCAUCAGGAACCGAUUCUCAUUACAAUAAUAUACAGGAAAAAUUUAACGAAACUUGUAUCGACGUUGACGUGGCAAAAUGUGAUUGAACUAUUUUUCUUUUUUUUUUCAUCUUCCAAUGAUGUCAUGCCAUGUGUUGUCCGUAACAUUUUCUGUAAAAAAAAGGCCAUGCAGUGGGCUUCUUCGGCGAAGGACACAUAGCUGUACUACUGAACACCUCUUACAAGAAACAAAAGAAAAUGUUGUCUUAUCUGCAUGUCUUCCACCAUUCCAUCAUUUCAACAACGUGUCUGAUUAGAACUUCAUAUUACUCUAUCAAUCACUCCAGCUACCGAAACCAUCUUGCGAUGGCACUAUAUGCCUAUUCUUCCUCUAUAAUCAGCACUGGUUUCGCAUUUUCCAGUGAUAAUAAUGAUUACAGAAAAGGGGUUAAGUUUCUUAUUGAUACUGAACCUGACAUGAAGAAGCUGCCUUCAGAAUUUGCUCUUCCCUUGCUGAGAAAUCCAUUAUCUGUUGUUCAUGCUGAAAUACCUGUCAUAGACUUGAGUGGACUUGAUGGACCUGUUCAACGUCGAGUUUCAACAAUUCGAGACAUCAGCUCUGCCUGUGCUGACUGGGGAUUCUUCAGGAUCAUCAAUCAUGGGAUUCGGAUGGCUCUAAUGGUUGAAAUGCUAGAAGUUGUCGAGGAAUUCUUUGAUCUGAGUUGGGAAGAGAAAAUGAAAUAUGCUUCUGACAAUGUCAUGAGUCCCAUAAGAUAUGGAACGAGCUUGAACACAACAAUGAAGCAUCCCCUUCACUGGAGGGACUAUUUCAGACAUUAUGGUCAUCCAUGUCACAAAACCUUCCACCUCUGGCCAGAUAAUCCCCCUGUCUACAGGGAUGUACCGAAAGAAUACUUGGAGCAGAUUUGGCAGUUGGCCAUGAAGAUAGCAAGUGCAAUAUCUGAAGGUUUAGGCUGGAUCAUGACUACAAAGAAAAAUCACUUGGUGAAGGGUUUCAAGUUCAUGCUGCUAAUUAUUAUCCACCAUGCCCAGAGCCAGAGAAGACAUUAGGACUUGCAGCUCAUUCAGAUCAUGGAGGACUCACAAUUUUGAUGCAAAAUCAUGAUGUUGAUGGGUUGCAAAUCAAACACAAUGAAACAUGGACUGCUGUUCAACAUGUCCCUGGCACUUUUCUUGUCAAUGUUGGAGAUUAUUUGGAGAUAUUGAGCAAUGGAAGGUACAAGAGCGUGGAGCAUCGAGCAGUGGUAAACACUCAAAAGAAGAGAAUUUCAGUAGCUGUAGGAAAUGGACCUGAGUUGAAGGCUGUAAUUGCACCUGCAAGCCAGAUGUUGGACAAAAAGAGUGAUAUCCAAUAUCGGCCCAUUGCCUACCAAGACUACAUAAGGCUUCAACAGAGUAGCACAAUUAGAGGGAAGAGCCCAUUGCAAGCCAUAAAGAUCAACAACAUCUAGCAGACACAGCUUCUUGCCUAAAUAAAUUUGACACCUGUUUGGUGCCUAAAAUAUGGUCAAGAUCAACUUGGUAGUGUGUAUUAUGAACAACGUGGCAAUUUUUAGUGUUAUCUACAUGUUUCUUCCAGCUAGUAGAUA